AUGGCCGGCAUGAAGAGAACCCGUUCUUCUCUCCGUAGCUAUUUUCAAAAUCCCAGAGCGGUCGUAACGGCUUUCCCAAGAGCUUAUACUUCGUCAAACGGCAUAUCUUCCACCAAAUUGAAAUCUCAAACUACAGAUUGGAAUGCCCGAGAUGAGUUUUUCAAAUUCACACGCGGCCGCUUUGUCUUGGAUGAGAAUCAAAAUGUCAGAAAAAGAGAGGUACUGUUCGACAUGAAUGAGCUCGUGAAGGUUGCAGCAAACUCAGUUGGAGCUGCUCAGUGUGUCGAUUUCAGAAAGCUCACGCACGGAAUGUUCAACAAAGCCCUCCUGAUGCUCAUGGACGACGGCCAAGAAGUUGUUGCUAAAAUACCUAACCCCAAUGCAGGCCGCGCACAUUGCACCACAGCUAGUGAAGUUGCUACAAUAGAUUUUAUAAGAAGAGUACUUGAUACACCUGCGCCUCGUGUUUACGCAUGGAAUUCCAAUGCGCCAUCGCAUUCAGUUGGAGCUGAAUAUAUCAUCAUGGAAAAGGCGAAGGGUGUUCCUCUCUCUCAGGUUUGGGAUGCGAUGCCAUUGCCUCAAAAGCUUCAAGUGCUGCUUGCUCUCGUACAGAUUCAAAAGCGAUGGCUUAGCAUUUCAUUCUCACACUACGGCGGCUUGUACUAUGCCAGCGAUGUGCGAUCACCUUCGGCGGGCCAUUACAUCGAAGACGGCACGGUCGCCAGGGACUCAGAGUCCGUUGUAGGACCAGCUACCGGGCGGGACUGGCAUGAUGCUGGCCGGGCAAGCCUAGACAUCAGAAGAGGGCCAUGGGCCUCUUUGAGCCAGUACUUACGAUCGAUCGGUGAGAGGGAGACAAAAGCAACUCAGAUUCUGAGUCCUCCGAAACAGAUAGCUCUGUUCUGUGGCCCCAAGCUUUAUCAACCAGAUCCGAAAGAGAAGCUAACUGCGCUUAGCCAGUACCACAAGAUUGCCGAUGCAAUCCUCCCUGGAAACAAAACCAUUUGCGCUCCAUACCUUUGGCACGACGAUUUGCAUGGUGAUAACAUCUUUGUCGAUCCCAACAAUCCCGGAAAGAUCACAGCCAUCAUCGAUUGGCAAUCUUGCCACAUCUCACCUCUCUUCAACCACAAUGCAGAUCCGGCGUUUCUUGACUGGGAAGGCCUCGAACCAGAGAAUCUAGAUUUGACUCCAAAGCCAGAUCUUGCUGGUCUUUCCUCGGAAGAGAAAUCCGCAGCCUUACCAUACAGGAUGUUUGAGUACGGAGAGGCGCACUUCCAGUCUCUUCUGGUUGAUUUGAAGGACACAUGGCCGACACUGACAGCAGCCACGGGCCAGAGUCAGUUCCCAUUUAAUUUUUCGGGUGUGGAAAUUGAGCGCAUCAAGUCAAAGGGUGAUUGUGCGGUGGCUGAAACAGAACUAGUGGCGCAGGUGAAGGAGACUAUGGGCGAAUUGUGGCCGGACAAAGGCCUUAUCGACCAUCAGCUAUAUGAUUCUUGUAGAGCGGCACUCAAGGAGAUGAAAGAACAACUGAUUGAGCAGUUGGCAUUGAACGAGGAGGAACGAGCGGAGUACGAACGCUAUUGGCCGUUUGACUAA